ACUGGAGGAUAAAUGUUCGAGAGUGGACGGUAGAAACAAACGCAAGCUCAGAGCUGGAGUCCUGAGGAUUAGAGAGUAGAAAUUUCACCCACUGUUAGUGAAAAGUCUUCACUUCGAGUGAAAAAGUCUUAAGUUCACCUGGAGGCCUGACCCACAUCAUGAGUGCAACAAUGAAACUGCUGCUGCUGCUGCCUGUGCUCUACUGCACUUUAGCUAACACGGAGCAGCUUCACAGAGAGAGGAGAGGAACACGCAGCUUCAGAGACCGCUGUGUGGAUUCGGACUCGGCUGCGGUCAGAGAUUUAGGGGAAACGUGGCUGAGAUGGAGAGGUCAGAGAGUGGAGUACUGCCGCUGUGCCCUGAGAGGAAGAACACGCUGUCACUACAUACCUAUAACUACAUGUUAUGUGUCAAGAUGUUAUAAUGGAGGGACGUGUAAGGAGGCGGUGUACUCGACUGACUUCAUCUGCCAGUGUCCACCAGGCUUUACUGGAGAUCAGUGCGAGAUCAAUUUGAAUGAGAAGUGUGCGACUGGGUUGGGGACGAGUUAUCGUGGCACAUGGAGCAUCUCCAGCUCUGGCGCUGAGUGCAUAAACUGGAACUCCACAUCACUCAGAGGCAAAAAAUUCACUGCCAGGAAACCAGAGGCUGUCAUGAUGGGGCUGGGCAAUCACAACUACUGCAGGAAUCCAGAUGGGGACUCCAAGCUGUGGUGCUACGUGGUUAAAAAGUCCCAGGUCACAUGGGAGUUCUGUUCUGUGCCAAACUGUACAACAGCUCCUGCAGAGUGUCGGAAGGGGUCAGGGCAGUCAUACAGAGGGAUGCAGGCAGUCACUAAGAGCGGAGCGAAGUGUCUGCCCUGGGACUCCCCUGCCAUUUCCCGCAAGAUUUACACAGCCUGGAGGCCAGACGCAGGAGAGCUGGGCCUGGGCAGCCACAACUUCUGCAGGAACCCGGAUGGUGACCUCAGUCCAUGGUGUCACGUUUAUAAAGGCUCCCAGCUGACGUGGGAACUGUGUGAUAUCACAAAAUGCCCGAGGAGACCCUCCACCAUCACCACCCUUGGGCCGAGAGCCCCUGCGACAACAAACAACCGAGGCUCCUGUGGUCAGCGUGUUACAAAGCCCUCCAAUUCUCUUCCUGAAUUCAGGAUACGAGGCGGUCAGGCCAGUGACAUCAAAGAUCAGCCGUGGCAGGCAGCCAUCACUGUGUAUCGUCCGCGCUCACGAUCGCACAGCUUUCUGUGCGGAGGCGUCCUGAUCGACUCCUGCUGGGUCCUCUCUGCAGCCCACUGCUUCCAUGAGAGAUUUACCGCAGAUCGUGUGCAUGUCACCCUUGGCCGAACUUUCAGGCAGAAGAACGAGAGCAGUGAACAGAUCUUUGAUGUGGAGAACUACUGGCUUCAUGAAAAAUACAAUGAGGAGACCUAUGACAACGAUAUAGUUCUUCUAAAGCUGAAGAGUGAACAUGGCAUCUGUGCCAUCAAUUCUCAGGAAGUGCUGCCUGUCUGUUUACCAGAACCCAAUCUGGUUUUACAAGACUGGAUGGAGUGUGAGAUUUCUGGUUAUGGCAAGGAAGAAGAGUUCUCUCCAUUCUAUUCAGAACAAGUGAAGCGGGGUCAUGUGCGUUUGUGGCCUCAGGAGCGCUGUGUGCCGGAGAAACUCUCUGGGCGUUUGGUCACCUCUAACAUGCUGUGUGCUGGAGAUACACGUGGCCUGGAUGAUGCCUGCAAGGGGGACUCAGGUGGUCCUCUGGUGUGUGAAAAAGACGGCAGGAUGACCCUCACAGGUUUGAUCAGCUGGGGUGAUGGAUGUGGAAAGAAAGACACGCCAGGCGUUUACACACGUGUCACAAAGUACACUGCCUGGAUUGCAGACAAGAUGAGUUCCAACCGAUAAAUGAACAAACAGAUCCAGAGGCUAAACAUUCACUCCAUUACACUGACAUUACUACUGCUGAAUCGAUGAGUAGCUUUCAAAAAUGCAACAAAGUCUGGACUCUAAAAAAGAGCCCAUAUGAGUGUAAAAUGAUUGCUGGUGGAGAGUCAACCAUAUAUAGGCACAUGGAAUUUGAAUUUGUCGACAAGUGUUGUCAGUUUAGCACUUAAAAUGUCAUGAGAAGAAGGUGGGAAGAAAAUGGAGUAACAUAGAAUACAGAGACCACGUUUCACUUGCACAUUAUAGUUUACAACACCCAAGUGACGUUUUUUAUCCCUAAUGGACUGAACAUCUGUGGCCUUUAAUCAUGACCUCUGACCUCACCACACCAGCUUAGUGCCUUCGAGGAGGAUUCGGAAUGGAUGUAUAUUGGCACUGGUGCUUUCUCAUACAGGCAGUUAUUUGUUACUGGAAGUGCUGAGUUCGGCACUAAGGACUAGAUUAAUAUGAUUGUAGCAUGAUGGGUACACAACCAGAAAGGAAAUGCUACACAGGUCUUUUUAUGUCCAUCUUUAUUUUUUUACGGCAAUAAAUGUAAAGGAAAUCCUUUAGAAUUUUCCUGUAAAAUGGAAAAUGCUAUUAAAUAUGCAAAUAUACUGUACAUGUGACUCAAUAGCUUUAGCAUUUUAAGUUACUUGCCUUACAUAAGCACUUCUUUUUCAUCUUUCACAUUCAUUUUGUUAGAUUUUUUAAAAACACUAAGCAUCUGCUGGGUCAGAGACAGUCAAAGGAAAUCACAAAUCAAGGUCUCAAUUAGUGAACAGUGGGUUGAUCAGAGUUAUAUUCACAAGAUAUAAAUACACAUUUAUUGUACUCAAAGAUGUAUGUGCAACUUCAUUGUGUUCUUUGUUCAGUUGAAUUUAGCUUGCAUCAGUUGAAAGUGGUGAUAUUCAUCAGACUUUGACAAAAUAUUCUUAGUCAUAUUUUAAGUUCAUAUUUAACUAUUUAUCAUGUAUAUUGAAUUUUUAUUAUAUAGCAGAUACUAAAUUAUUGUUUCAUAUUUCCAUAUGUUUGUGCUUGUUGAUGCUGUUUUUUAUUGCAUUUAAUUUUUUUUAAAUAAAUGUACACCAAAAAUAAAAGGA